CAAGAAACGAGUCAGUAAUCGGUUACCGUCGCGCGGGACGCCACGGCCCACGUUUCAUUGGCUCUAUCUUUCUUUGUUAACAAAAUGACCAGCGAACAAAGUUUUAAUUUUAAUUUAGUCCAAGAAAUUGAGAAAUAUCCGUGCCUUUAUAAUUAUAAAUUGAGCGCGUAUUCAUAUAAGGACGUAACGGACAAGGCUUGGAGUGAUGUCGGUAAAGCAGUCAAUUUGUCUGUGAGCGAAUGCAAGGAGCGAUGGAAGAACCUCCGGGCAGUCUACGUCCGUCACAAAAAGCAGGCGCUGAACGGAACAGCUCCCAGAAAGCCGUACUAUCUGGAGGAGGCCAUGGAGUUCACGCUGCCAUACAUCAAGACCUUGAACUCCAUAUCUGGGAAUACCUCGGCAUCUUACGAAGGCAUUUACGAUGAUCAGGAUGAAGACAAUUCCUCAAACCAAAGGCAGUCCCCAGACCCGUAUCCUACAGGAGUUUCAUCACCACCAUCACCACAACAAAGCCAGUCCAAGAAGAGAUCUAAUGAAGAAAAAUUCGACAUACCAGAGUAUUUCAGAUCUAAAAUAAGUAGGGUUCAAGAUAACGUGGACGUUCAAAGGGAAUCGAAUAGUUUGUUCCUGUUAAGCUUAUUGCCAGAUCUGAAUGGCAUGUCGAAUCAACAGGUUAGGACGUUUAAACGGAAGGUUCUAGAACUGAUUGAUGAAGUUCUGGAGACUAAUACGGGCAGUACGACCAGUGUUAAAGUUGAACCAUUGUAUUAAUAGCAUAGUGGGAAAUUUCUAUUUGCUAAGCUAACUGU